AUGAGUGAUCCUGAAGCUAGUAAUUCAAAUUCUCCAGCUGCUGCUACCGGCACCGUUGCACCUCCAUUAACGGACGGUACUGAAAGUGUCAACGAAGAACGAUGUUCUUACACGGUAACCUCACCGGUUUCGGCUAAUGUGCACCAGGAAACAAUGGAGGAAAGCGCCACUGCUGCCGUCAAUACGCCAAUAAGGACAGAUAUUUCGGGUGUGUCGCAGUUACCAACUGUCUAUCUUCCCCCAAUACACUACACAUAUGAUAGGGAUACUGGCAAGUUGAUCCAGAUGACCCAAGGCAAUGGCAAAAACAUUGGAAGUGUGCCGAUACCUAGGACUACUGUACUCAACAAUAAUGCAGUGUCGACAUCAGCGACGGUUCCUAACGUAGUGAAGAGUGCACCGCUCAAUACUACCCAUCUAGUCAGCCCGGCGCCUCCUGCAAACCAACCUUAUACGGCACAUACAUCGCAGAUAUCUAGGAACAUAGGAGCCCCCAAUGUACAGCGAAUUGUUCCGGAAUCCGCGCAAACACAGGUAUUAGGGGCCCAGUAUCCCCCCGUGUCUACUAGUGUGACACCGCCGCCACCGACGGUGUCUAUGGGAAUGUCAAAUCCUGUGCAACAGAUGAUGCCAGGAGGUUAUGGAAGUUCCUAUGUUACAUAUAAUAACGUAGGACAACCUAUGGGCGUAUAUGCUGCUCCACCCCAAUGGCAAUCAGCACCUGGGUUCGGUGGUCAGACGACUUUUGAUACCGCUGCUAUGCCAUACCCUAACGUGGCUCCACAACAGGUUGACCCUUACACCGCAAGUCCGACAGAAGGUGCUAGUACUCAGACCUUUGCGAACUCGUUGCUGCGUACCUACAAUGGCGCUGCUAGGGUAUGUCGAAGCUUCGAUGAUAUGUCUGCCGGUGCUAUGGUGAAUGGUGUACAAAGGAUGUUACAUCCCGUUGCUAGUGAUUUUGUAAAAGCAGCGGUGUUCAGGUUCAGACGUCUGGAGGAUGUACCUGUUCUGGCGCCUACACCGAACAGGGUAUCGUAUAGUCUUGUAGCAUAUUUCGACCCUGCCACUGAAAAUUAUGGUGUCUAUCACUCUUCACUACACCAUGCACAUCCCGGUUAUGGGCCUCAGAUUGCCCAAUGUGAUUUGGACGGUGAUGUAGUUAAGAUCCCAUGGCAAGGGGAGCCUUAUGUUUUUGUGAAGAUAGUGGAACAUAUCAACCAGAUGGAAACUGUCGUCGGUCGCCUUAAGCUGCACAUGGAAUCCAUGGUCAGGAACCACCCGUUACGUGUCAAUAUCAUCAGCGACAAGAACUGCCUUAGCGGUAAUGUAAUAUUCGAGUUUAACGUGGGUCAUAUGAGCUAUGAGGAGCUUCGCGAUGCACAGGAUAACGCCCUAAAGGCAGCAACUGAACGGAGAAAGAUGGACUACCAAUACCGUUCGAAUACUGUCCCAGAUUACGACACUUACGUAAAACAGCAUAGGCAAUACCAACGCGACCGUGCCGCUGCGGAGUAUCAGCGACCACAACCCGUUAAUCGGCAGCGUGCCCGUCCACAGACUUUGGGGGAGGUGCAAAUACCCGCGGCACUGAACCAUUUCGUCAGCUCUGUAGAUGUCUGGUACGCUCCCCGCCAGGAAAAUUACCGCUCUCGUGGGCAGGGCACGUCCAAUAAUCGCAAUAACAACAGCUCUACCAGGCGUGGAGGAAAACAAGAAUCGGAAUCAAUGAUAUGCAAACAUCACGCAAUGCAUGAUCAUUGCCGGUAUGGAGGAAAAUGUAUGUACCGACAUACAUUAAAAAGGCUACUUUACUUACCAGAUGUGUGCCCAAAGGGUGUUUGCGCAGUAACAGUAUGCCGUGUUAGCGAUUCAAGACUGGAUCUAUACGCCGUUGGACAGGGUACCAAUAUAAGAAGACUAUCUAUAGCGGGGGACGUUACUGGGGGUGUUUCGCUGGUCGAACAGAACACGUUUACACUCAAUAUACAAGAUGUAUUGAAGAGACCAUAUCAGACACGUACCAGAAGGGCACGUGAUCAGUUCAUCUUCAGCCUAAGAUGUAUCAAUGAUUGCCUAUUCGCUGGGAUCAGGACAGGACAUAUCUCAGUAUUCCAUCUACCAACCGGAACAUCCACACUGAUAUAUGGUCAUGAAGCGCCUGUGAUGGCAAUGAUUCUAGUCGAUUCGGCAGUAUUGAGUGCUUGUGAAGAAGGAAAGAUUUGUAUAUGGAGUUUCGAUAGCAACAGCAACAGUUUCACAUGUCUCAACUCUCUGGAGACCAAAACAACAAUAUCCUGUCUAUUGGAAGUAACAGAUGGAGUGAACCGUUGUCUAUGGGCUGCUGGGAGCGCAAUCACCAUAAUAGAUCUCACUACACUAGCAAUAGUGAAAUCAUGUCCGAUACCAAAUGGCGAUUUUGCAAAGUCUAUGAUGAGAUACGGCCAACAUGUUAUAGUGGCGCUUCAUUCAGGUGAUUGCGCAGUAUUAGAUACAAACCUUACCCUUGUAUACCGGUCAGGAGGGGAUGGAGUGGCGCUAACGGCUAUGGACGGGAUGCAGAGUGAACAAGGAGACUUACUGCUACUGGGCAACAAAUCAGGUCUGCUAAAUUUGUGGCAGAUUCCUGCUUUUAACUUAGAAGGAACGUUGAACUGUGCACCAGAAGGUCCUAGAAAUUAUAAGUGGUCUGGAAUAUCUGCAAUUACAUCGCUGGGCGGUGGGCUAUUCGUUAUCUCAGGCUACGACGGGAACAUGCAUGUCUUCCGUUACGUCGCAAACACAAACUCCACAGCUCCAUCGUGA